AUGGUGAUUCAUACACCUACUACGACAGACAGUGACGGCGCUGACUCCAAGAUGAGGCUCACUUACUUCAGCAAUGAAUUUCCCAGAGACGACCUGCAGGACGUCUUUCGAAAAAUUCACCUGCUCGCCAAGUCUAAGGGACAUGUCAUCCUUGCUCGCUUCAUCGACGAGGCCACGCUCGCUCUCCGCGACGAGAUCCGUCAACUCCAACCAGCCUUGCGUGACACAAUUCCACCCUUUGAAAGUGUGCUGGACUUCGUCGACUUUACCGGUAUCCGCAAAGGACCUCUCUGUGGCUCGGUAGAUGGCGUUCUUCUAUGUGUGCUUGAGUUGGGCAUACUCAUAGGCUAUCAUGAGACUUCUAACCAUGAGGCUUCUCUUGAAAAUCUCGGAGGCUCUGUGGCCGGGCUGGGGAUUGGUCUGCUGGCUGCGGCGGCCACGUCCCUGGCAACCACCAUAUCAGAAUUGCCUCAAACCGGCGCAGAAGCCAUUCGCCUGGCCUUCCGGCUGGGCGUUCUUGUGCAAGAGGUUUCACACAAUCUGCACGCCAGUUCCUGGGCAGAUGGAGGGCCACUGGAUUCGUGGGCUUACGUUCUUCCGAACGCCAAUGCGGAUGAAGUGCAACAUGAGCUCGAUAUCGUUCAGGACAGACAGGACACACCCGCGUCUAGUAAGGUCUUCUUAAGUGCCCUUGGCCAAGCCUCGGUGACCAUCAGCGGACCCCCAGCCAGACUCAGUGCUCUGUUUCUCACGGCCGACUUCUUUCGUGACCGAAAGCAUAUUGCGUUGCCUGUUUACGGUGGCCUCUGCCAUGCCAAGCAUAUAUACACCCAGGAAAACGUCGAUUCUGUCAUUGAGACCGCAUCGAUAAAACUGCUGCAAGAUAUUGUGUUGCCACGCAGUCAACUCUACUCGACAGCCACGGGGAAGCCGUUCCCUGCCAAGUCUGCUCACGACCUCUUCAGACAGGUCGUUGAAGAGAUCCUCACACAGCAGAUCAAAUGGGACAAAGUUGUCAAGAGCUUAGCCCAACACGCACGCGACUUGGAGGUGUCUCAAUUUCAGGUUCUUGUCUUCCGCAUGUCGUUACCAGCCAAGGAUAUCAUGACAGCCAUGGAAGAGACCCCCAACCUAACCGCCACACAAGAAGAGCUGAUGCCCUGGAUCCACGACCAGACAAAAGCGUUGGCAGCAGACAACAUAACCACCCCAACAACCAAGAUCGCCAUCGUGGGCAUGUCGUGCAGAAUGCCAGGUGGUGCAGACAGCACCGAAAAGUUCUGGGAACUCCUUGAGAGCGGCACCGAGGUCUCGAGGAAGAUCCCUGCCGACCGUUUCGACGUGGAUUCGCACGUCGACCCUGCUGGCAAGCGGCUCAACACCAGCCACACGCCCUAUGGCUGUUUCAUUGACGAGCCGGGCUUAUUCGAUGCGCCCUUCUUCAAUAUGUCCCCACGCGAGGCCCAGCAGACGGAUCCCAUGCAAAGGCUAGCUCUUGUUACGGCGUAUGAGGCCCUGGAGCGGGCUGGCUAUGUUGCGAAUCGGACUGCGGCUACUAAGUUGGAGCGGAUCGGGACGUUCUAUGGUCAGGCUAGCGACGAUUAUCGGGAGGUCAAUACUGGGCAGGAGAUCAGUACUUAUUUCAUCCCGGGAGGUUGUCGUGCAUUUGGUCCUGGACGCAUCAAUUACUUCUUCAAGUUUGCUGGACCCAGCUACAGCAUUGACACCGCAUGCUCGUCUAGUCUAGCCACUAUCCAGGUCGCAUGCACUGCCCUUCAAAGCGGAGAGCUUGAUACUGCCGUCGUCGGAGGCGUCAACAUUCUCACCAACUCCGACGCUUUCGCAGGACUUAGCCACGGCCAUUUCCUAUCCAAGACGCCGGGAGCAUGCAAGACCUGGGAUGCAGACGCUGAUGGCUAUUGCCGAGCAGACGCUGUUGCAUCUGUUGUCAUGAAAAGGCUCGACGAUGCUGUCGCGGACAAUGAUAGGAUCUUGGGCGUGAUUCUUGGGUCGGCAACAAAUCAUUCUGCCCAAGCUGUCUCCAUCACGCAUCCUCAUGCAGGUCACCAAGAGUAUCUAUCGAGGCUCGUGCUGCGUCGCGCUGGUGUGGACCCGAUGGAUGUCUCAUAUGUCGAACUCCACGGCACUGGAACGCAGGCUGGUGAUGCCGAGGAGAUUCAGUCCGUCUCGCAGGUCUUUGCACCUCUUCCCAGUCGUCGGAGCGACAAGAGGCCUCUGCAUUUGGGAGCCGUCAAAGCCAAUGUCGGACAUAGCGAGGCAGCUGCGGGAGUCACUGCACUGGUCAAAGUACUCCUGAUGAUGCAGAACAAUGCGAUUCCCCCACACGUUGGCAUUCGAAAUGCCAUCAACCCCAAGGUACAGCAAGAAGUGGAAAAGCGCAACAUCAGUAUCGCGUUCGAACGAACCGAGUGGGCUCGAAACGGCGGCAAGAAGCGGAUUGCGGUCGUGAAUAACUUCAGCGCUGCUGGAGGCAACACGACUAUUCUCGUAGAAGAUGCCCCUCCAGAGACAUCUCUGGUUAGUCUAGCUUCCGAUCCACGAGCAGCACAUAUCAUUUCGGUGUCCGCGAAAAGCAAGCUAUCCCUCAAGGGAAACAUCGAGAGACUGCGCGACUUUCUGGACAACAACCCGAACUUAUCAGUAGCCGAUCUGUCUUAUACGACGACAGCACGCCGAUACAGUCACAAUAACCGCGUUGCCUUUGCUGCUGCGACUGUUUCUGAGGUGCAGAAAAAGCUCCAGUCUGCGCUGGCCAACAUCGACUCGCAUAAGGCAAUUCCAUCCUCUGGCCCUCCACCAAUCGUGUUUGCUUUCACAGGCCAAGGCGCGUCUUACAAGUCGUUUAACCUCCAACUCUUCCACGGCUUCCCCGACUUCCGCUCGCACAUUGCGCAUCUGGAUGCACUUGCACAGAGCCAAGGGUUUCCCUCGUUCAUCCCAGUUUUGGACGGCAGCCAUGCUCAGGAUCAUGCUCACUCCCCUGUUGUCACUCAGCUGGCUUUGGUGUGUAACGAGAUAGCUCUGGCCAAGUUUUGGGCUGGUUUGGGAGUCAAGCCUGACGUGGUCAUUGGCCACAGCCUGGGCGAAUAUGCAGCACUUCACGUGGCGGGCGUGCUCUCAGCAAGUGACACUAUCUACCUUGUCGGCAAACGUGCUCAGAUGCUUCAACAGAAAUGUCGAAUAGGCAGUCACAAGAUGGUCGCCAUACGAGCAUCUGUCACCAACAUUCGUGAAGUCACCGAGGGCAAAGACUUCUCCUAUGACAUCGCAUGCAUCAACGGCCCUAACGACACUGUGAUCAGUGGUCCAACUUCCGAGAUAGACCGCAUGGGACGUACCUUGGACGAGGCCGGCCUGAAGCAAAUACCUCUCGACGUGGCCUUUGCUUUCCAUUCUUCUCAGAUGGAUCCCAUCCUUGAUGACUUCGAGGUCAUGGCCAGUCGCGGUGUGGUCUUUCAGCCUCCACAACUCCCGAUCGUCUCUCCCCUCCUGGGCAAAGUAAUUUUCGACGACAAGUCGAUUGAUGCUACUUACUUCCGCCGGGCAACUCGUGAAACGGUGAAUUUCCUCUCUGCUCUGCAUGCUGCUCACGAGAUUGGUGCUAUAGAGGAAGAUAUGGCCUGGGUGGAGAUUGGGCCUCACCCGGUUUGUUUGGGCUUCGUCAAAAGUUCACUCUCCAAAGCCAGCGUCGCGGUCCCGUCUUUUAGAAGAGGGGAGGACAACUGGACAACCCUGGCACACAGUUUGUCUGCCUUACACUGCGCUGGAGUGAAGAUCGACUGGAAUGCUUUGCAUUCGCCUUUCGAGAAGAACCUUCGUCUCUUGGAUUUGCCCACUUACGCCUGGAACAACAAGACGCAUUGGAUUCAAUACAAGGGGAACUGGGCCCUGACAAAAGGAAACACGUUCUACGAUGAGGAGAAGAAACUCGCGGCUGGGAAUGCCUUGCCUGUAGCUCUCCCUGUGUCGAACCUGAGCACUUCCUCGGUACAGCGGGUCAUCUACGAAGAUGUGCAAGGCAGUCGGGGGACUGUGACGAUACAGUCUGAUCUGUCCCAACCCGGGUUGCGUGCAGCGGCAUGGGGCCAUAAGAUGAACAACUGUGGUGUUGUCACAAGCUCUAUUCAUGCCGAUAUUGCAUACACUAUCGGAACCUACCUGUACAGGAAAUUCUUUCCAGGCAGUGAAGUGCACAUGAACGUCUCCAACCUAGAAGUCCUCAAAGGCCUUGUUGCCAACAGCAAACCCGAGCAACCUCAGCUCUUCCAAGUCACAGCCACAACCGCAGACAUCGCCACCGGGCAGGUCGAGCUGUCAUGGGCCAAUGUACAUCCCGACGGCACAGUAGAUGACCCUUUCGCAAGUGCGACCCUCAUCUACGGCGAUACCAACGAAUGGCUCGACACAUGGACUUCAGCAGCCCAUCUGGUCCAAGGCCGUAUCGCAGACCUUGAACAACUGGCGCAGGACGGCAUCGCGAACCGCUUCACUCGCAACAUGGCCUAUUUGCUGUUCGCAAACAAUCUGGUCGACUAUGCUGACAAGUACCGCGGAAUGCACGCUGUCGUGCUCCAUGGCCUUGAGGCCUUUGCCGAUGUCGAGCUGUCGACAGAGCGAGGUGGUACCUGGACCGUUCCGCCGCAUUUCAUCGACAGUGUCUGUCAUCUAGCCGGCUUCAUCAUGAACGUCUCUGACAAUCUCGAUACCAAAAAUCACUUCAGUGUGACUCCUGGGUGGCGCUCUCUUCGUCUUGCACGGCCUCUUCUGGCCGGCGCCAGGUAUCGGUCCUAUGUCAAGAUGAUUCCCACGCGUCAGGAUCCGAAUGUCUAUCUAGGCGAUGUAUACGUUCUCCAGGAUCAUGCGAUCAUCGGCAUGAUGGGGGGCAUCCAGUUCCGUCGCUAUCCUCGUAUCUUGCUCAGCCGCUUUUUCUCGGCGCCUGACGACGCAACAGCUCCGCCAGUGGCCACGUCUGCACCUGCAAAGCCUUCCAGAGCCAUAUCAGUCUCAGUGGCACCAGCCCUGACACCUGAGCAAUCCUCGAACAACAACAGCAACGGCGCACGUGCCGAAUCUGAACUGACAACGACGACCAAAGCCCUACAGAUCAUCGCUGAUGAGGCGGCCGUGGAUGCAUCCGAGCUCGUCGACGAUGCGAGCUUCGCCAACCUUGGCAUUGAUUCGCUCAUGAGUCUGGUGAUCUCGGAGAAGUUCCGGGAGCAGCUUGGUAUCACGGUCUCUGGAAGUCUGUUCCUCGAGUACCCGAGUAUCGGGGAGCUGCGAAGCUGGCUGCAGGAGUACUACAGUUAG